CUGGCGUUUUGAACCGAUAUCCCAUACAAGAUGCAGGCACCCGUCAUCGUAAUGAACACCAACAUGGAGAGAGAGUCUGGCCGUAAGGCUCAGCUCUCCAACAUUACAGCAGCAAAGACUGUCUCUGAUGUUAUUCGUACAUGUCUCGGUCCUCGAUCCAUGCUCAAGAUGCUUCUUGAUCCUAUGGGCGGUAUUUUGUUGACGAACGACGGCAAUGCUAUUUUACGUGAGAUUGAAGUGAGCCAUCCUGCUGCCAAAAGCAUGAUUGAGCUUUCCAGAACACAAGAUGAAGAAGUCGGCGAUGGCACUACCAGUGUCAUCAUUCUUGCUGGUGAGGUUCUUGCCCGUGCUUUGCCUCAUAUUCAGAAUAAUAUCCAUCCGAUCGUCAUCAUCAGUGCUUUCAAAAAAGCGUUGGAAGAUGCCUUGCAGAUUGUGGAAGACAUCUCGGUUCCUGUCGACGUCACCAAUAACGAGGAAAUGUUGAAACUGAUCAAAUCUUCCAUCGGUACCAAAUUCUCAAACACAUGGAGUGAAUUGAUCUGCAAUCUCGCCUUGAAUGCAGUCCGAACUGUUGCCUUCAAGGAAGAAGGUACAGGCCGAACUGAAGUGGAUAUCAAGCGUUAUGCUCGUGUGGAAAAGAUUCCCGGUGGUGAAAUCGAACAGUCGGAAGUACUUGAUGGUAUCAUUCUGAACAAAGACGUCACGCAUCCCAAAAUGCGUCGUCGUAUCGAGAAUCCACGUAUCGUCCUCUUGGAUUGUCCUCUUGAAUACAAAAAGGGUGAAUCCCAAACCAACAUUGAGAUUUCCAAGGAAGCCGAUUGGAACCGUAUCCUUCAAAUCGAAGAAGAACAAGUCAAAGCCAUGUGCGACAAGAUUAUUGAAUUGAAGCCUGAUUUGGUCUUCACCGAAAAGGGUGUUUCUGAUCUUGCACAACAUUACUUUGUCAAGGCCAACAUCACAGCCAUUCGUCGUGUCCGCAAGACCGAUAACAACCGUAUUGCACGCGCUGUGGGUGCUACCAUUGUCAACCGCGUGGAUGAUUUGCGAGAGUCGGAUGUCGGUACCAAGUGUGGCUUUUUCAAUAUUGACAAGAUUGGCGAUGAAUACUUUACUUUCUUGACUCGAUGCGAGGAUCCUAAAGCCUGUUCCAUCAUCUUGCGUGGUCCCAGCAAAGAUAUCAUCAACGAAGUCGAGCGUAACCUGCAGGAUGCCAUGUGCGUCGCGCGUAACGUGUUUUUCAAUGCCAAGUUGGCCCCCGGUGGCGGUGCUACCGAGAUGGCUGUGUCUGUAAAACUUGAAGAAAAGGCGAAAUUAUUGGAAGGCGUUGAGCAAUGGCCUUACCGAUCCGUGGCCGAGGCCAUGGAAGUGAUUCCCCGUACUUUGGUGCAGAACUGUGGUGGCAAUGCUAUCAAGAUCUUAACACAACUUCGAGCCAAGCAUGCCGCUGGUGAGCAUUCCUUUGGUAUUGAUGGUGAAGCCGGCAAGCUCGUUGAUAUGAACGAUUACGGUGUUUGGGAACCCAGUGCUGUCAAGGUACAAACCAUCAAGACCGCUAUUGAGUCGGCAUGUCUGUUAUUGCGUGUGGACGAUAUUGUGUCUGGUAUUUCAAAGAAUAAGGGACAAGGUCAACAAGGUGGUGGCGGUGCGCCAGAGGGUGCUGAGAUGAUGGAAUAAACCGACGAUAAACAUAAAAAAAGUACAAGCGAUUUCACAAUAAAAUAAAAAAAUUGGGAUUCAGUUUUUUUUCAUCAGUUUC